CAUCUUUUGUAUUUAGACAAUAUCUGCUUAUUCAAGAAUGCAGCAAAGAAAUUCAAAGAGCAUUGAUAUGUGUACAGGGCGGACUGACAACUCAUGGGGCCCCCGGGCAAUAGGGGAUCAUGGGGCCCGUGUCCUUGCCCAAACUCAAAAAAGCCUAUGAAAAAGGUACCAGGGGCAUCUCAUGGGGCCCCCUACUGACCCCAGGCCCUCGUGCAGUGCCCGAGUUUCCAAAUGGUCAGUCUGCCCCU